GUGGAACUGGGAUAGCUAAGCUAGCCUGCACAACAGGGAAGCCUGGGAGCUGCUAUUAGCAUCUCAGAAAUAUUAUACUAGACAGAUUUUUUUUAUGCAGGCUUUUCUUUAUCUGAUAUAACUAAAUCCAUAUACUAAUAUUAUUUGUUUAAUUUUGAGCUGUAAACAAUUAGUUAUUUAUACAUUUAUCAUUGAGUCUAUAUAGUUGUUAUAAAACAAACAUCAUUAUUUCAACUUAUUUUUUGUUUUGUUAUACAUUCUGGAAGUGCAAACUAAUUUUAAUGAUCUGUAAGACUGGAAUGGUGUCACCGCCCCAUAACAAAGAACCUGCUUGAGCUUGGCAUCUGUCAGAGACAAAACCGAGCAUCUCGACAACUUUCAACAUGCAAAGGACUGCCCUAUGCAGAACAAUGAGCAGGAACUGAACAGUAGAUCAGACUAAUGCGUUGAUUUUGAGCUGUAUGUAUUUUCUAACUUGAACUGCCGGAUUUACUUACAGAUCAAGAAAACAACACUGUGGAUACAAAACCAAUAAAUGGAAUGAAAUUUGUAAAUUGUUCUAGGAUGUUCCUUGCCUCAGAGGAGGACGUCUAAAGAAGGCUCUGAAACCUAUCCAUGCAGUAAAGUAGUGACCAGCAGCAGCACUGAAUACAAAGGCAGCAUCAUGAACUACAAUAUGUCUACAACAGUGGCUUAUUUUCUGAGUACAACCGGUGAGUCGGACUCAACCCAUAGCACAGACAGAACUGUCACGGAAACUGUUACAGUACCAAGUGGUGAAGCAAGUCUCAAUGUGACUAAAAUUCCUGAUGCCAUCCCUGGCAGUGGUUCUGGAAUGGGUGUGAUUUUAGUUCCAUUCGGUAUCCUGACUGUGAUUGGACUGGCUGUAGCAAUGGUGCUUUACAUUAGGAAGCGCAAGAGGUUGGAGAAAUUACGACACCAGUUGAUGCCAAUGUACAACUUUGACCCAGGAGAGGAACAAGAUGAAUUGGAGCAGGAGCUUUUAGAUCACGGAAGAGACUCAGCAUCACAAAGUUCUCAGAGCAAGACCCUGAUGCCAAGUCAGGGAACCCUGCAGAGACCAAGUCGUCUAGUUUUCACUGAUGUAGCUAAUGCUAUUAUUGCCUGAACAUUUAUCCUGCUGGAAAACACUCUCAUGAUGUGCUGUCUCUUGUAAUUUUAACUAUAUUAUGUGUAUAUGUACAGUAAAUGUAUAUAAGUGUGUAGCUUUCAGACCAGCUGUGCCUAUUAGCAGUGAACAUUUUACAUGUAUUUUUUCUCACAGAAUGGUCUCUCCUGUUUGGCAUGCUACUCCUUUUUUAAAUUCUGACACUGAUUCAUCAUUUCAUGUUUUUCUUUGAAAAGAAAUAACAAGCAUUUACAAUGAACAAUCUGAAGUGGCAGUUUAAAGGGCUCUAAUGAAUCAAGAAUUAUGGGACAGCUUUGCAAAACAAAAUAUCCAGAAUUAGAUUAACAUCUGUUUCACCCUUUUUAAUACUCACCUACUUCUUUAUAUUGUUAAUAAUGUCUGUUUGAAAAUAGGAUUUCUGUUUGUUUUGCUCUGUCUUCUUGUCUGUUUAUGUGGUUGAAAUUCUAAUAUUGACAUCCCGCUAUACUGCUCUGUAAAUACUAUGAAUCUGAUGAUGGCAUUCUGGUGUACUAUUGUGUAGAUACGUAUGACAUAAUGAACAGUUUAUUGAGAUGUUACUUUGAAAUGGGCAAACAACUAACAGAGACCAGGGUAUGGUCUUGGUAUUCUUAAGAUCACUUUUAAAACAAAUGGCACAAAAUGUUUAGAGUCACAAAUAGUUCUAUAAUGGAAAAUAACAUCAAGGUAGACCUACCUAUUAGUGAGAAACAGAUAUUUGAUUCCCAUUUCAGAUAUCAACAAAGUCAAGAAAAAGGAAGAAUGAUUAUCAAAGAAGACAGAAUUUACAAAUGAUCAUUGAAUAUUGUAAUUUGUUUGACUUGUAAGGAACAGAUGUGUCAGUAUUUGUUAGUAGAGGUUAAACUUCCUGAAUGCUGCUCUAUGUUGAAGUGCUAUAAAAUCCAUUGAGAAACCAGAGAAUGUUGAAUUCAUGUGCUGCCUUCAGAGUCUGUACAUUUGCUGUUGCGUACCCCUAAUUUUGUAAGCAAAGGCUGGAGGAGCUGUACCACUGGCAUUACAGUGGUGUUGUAAGGGUGAGUGCAUGAGUGCAUUGUGCUGCAACUGUUUAGUUAAAAACUGGAUAUGAUGAGUUUGGAAGUCCGAGUGAGGUGUUUGAAAUCAACAGGAGAAUGAAGACAGGAGGGUGAUGCUAGAAGGUGUGUAUUAUCUUAAACAGAAGGCACAUUAUGCCAAACAAUAAACCUAGCUCUGCUUAA